AUGAGGAUCGCCGCCCGUCACACGCCAAUUCUGGUGUUCCUUGUUUCCUCUCUCAUGACAUCCAAUGCCUCUGAUGGCCCCCUUUCCAAUGGCUUGAAUCCAGCCGGAAGCGUUCAAGCAGCAAGAUCGAUUACGGAGGUUGUUCCUGGCGCUGGUGGGAAUGUGAAACUAGCUCUUGUUGGCACUGAACACGCUCCUGUCGAUGGUAGAGAUGGAAUGCCCCAUGAGGGCCCAUUUGUUGAGACCGGUGCCGAGAGGACGCGAAAGAACCAACUAGCCGAUGACGAGGAGAUUGUCAUGGAUAAGACCACCAAGAAACAAUAUUCCGACGUCGAAAUCCCCAAGUCAAACGAUGCUGUCAUGGACGAUCGAAUUAGGUCUAAUCCAGCCGAAGGGACCAGAGGGACAGAAGGCGGCAUUUCAGAGAAGGGAAAAGAUGGAAAGUCGUCGGAUAAGAAGCCCGACGCGCCCAAAGACGCCAGGCCGAUUCCUCACAGUGAAUUGGAUAAAAUCCAGGACGGGGAGAAAAAAGAAUCGCAGCCGGCGGAAGAGGACCCUAAGAAGAUUCUCAAGAUCCCUACCGAUCUACCAGAAAAACCGCAUGACAUUCCAUAUCCCGAAAACCCCUCUUCACCUAAAGACGCCACCAUUCUCAAGGACACCAGCAAAGGCGCGAAAUCUGACGAUCAUGAGCCAGCCGUCAUUCAGCCCCUUCACUCUCUUCUCCUCUCCUUCACCAUGAUCCUCUUCUCUGAGAUUGGCGACAAGACUUUCCUAGUCGCGGCGUUGAUGGCUAUGCGACACCCGCGAGUUGUCGUCUUCUCCUCAGCAUAUUCCGCCCUGGUCACCAUGACUGUCCUUUCUGCCGUCCUGGGCCAUGCUGUUCCAACUCUCAUUUCUAAACAACUUACCAACUUUGCCGCCGCCGGUCUCUUUCUGGUGUUUGGCGUAAAAAUGUUGAUUGAAGCUCGCGGAAUCAGCCCUGACGAGGGUGUCAGCGAAGAGAUGAAGGAAGUAGAAAUGGAACUCGAAGAGAAGGAACACCAACAGAGGCGCAUGUCAAGACGCCGAUCUUCCAUCUCACCCUACGCCCUUGAAUCCGGCCGUGCAGGUCUCAACAGAAAACACACCAACAGCCGCCUGCCAUCUCCCCCAGAGAGUCCUGGAAGUUCUCGAGAAGCCUCGCCGACGCGGCAAUCUGCUCUGAAGAACGCCGUAACCGGUAUCAACAACCUGUUCUCCUUGCUAUUGAGCCCAGCGUGGGUGCAGACCUUCGUCAUGACUUUCCUGGGCGAAUGGGGCGAUCGCUCCCAGAUUGCCACCAUUGCUAUGGCCGCCGGUCAGGACUAUUGGUGGGUAACUGCCGGGGCCCUGGGCGGCCAUGCCAUUUGUACCGCCGCCGCAGUGUUGGGUGGAAAGGCUAUCGCUGGGAAGGUCAGUCUAAGAACAGUAACGAUGGGCGGUGCAAUUGCCUUUCUGGUGUUUGGCGUCAUCUACUUGCUUGAAGCCGUCUAUUAA